AGGUGAUAUUUGACCUACGUUUGAUUAUGAUAAGUGCAAGAGAAGCAACGUAAUAUGGAAUCUACAAAAAAGUACUUUCAAGCAAUUGACUUUGUUAUAUUUGGUGCAAUGCUUCUAUUGUCAACGGCAAUUGGAGUAUUUUUUGCAUAUCGUGAUAGGAGAACUCAGUCGACCGAUAAUUAUUACUUUGCAAGUAAAAGUAUUUCUCCGAUUUUGAUUUCCAUGUCGUUGUCGGUUUCGUUUAUUUCUGCUAUUACAGUAAUUGGUCUUCCCGUUGAAAUUUAUUUAUUUGGAACAGUAUUUGUUUGGAUGAAUGCUGCACAUGUGAUAGGAAUACUUGCCGGGUCUAUUUAUUACAUUCCACUUCUGCAUAGGCUUCAACUAAAAAGCGUAUAUGAGUAUUUUAAUCUUCGCUUUCACCCCAGAAUAAGAACGUUGACAUCGCUUAUGGCAAUAUGGAAAUUGAUUCUCUACAUGGGCGUAACAAUAUACUUGCCAGCACUGGCAUUGAGUGCUGUCACACCCCUUCAACUGAAUUGGAGCAUAGCAUUAACAAGUAUCGUUUGUACAUUCUACACCAGUAUUGGUGGGAUGAAAGCGGUCAUAUGGACUGAUGUUUUGCAAGCCAUGAUUAUGUUGGCAGGAAUGCUUGCGGUGUUCAUCCAAACAACUAUAGUCCUGGGUGGAUUUGGUCCUGUGGUCGAAGCAGUUGAACGUGGACAGCGGAAUAAUAUUUUCAAAUUCGAUGGCGACCCUCGCAUUCGAAGUACUGUAUGGACAUUACUUCUAGGAGCGGGAAUGAAUAAUUGUUUUAAAACUGGAUGCAAUCAAGUAUUCACUCAGAGAUAUUUGUCAUGUGGUUCAGUGAAAAACGCAAGAAUAGCUCUAUGGUUACAGCUAUUUCCGGGAGUCAUAUUUUCUUUGUUGGCCGUGGGUAACGGUCUGCUUAUGUAUACAUUUUAUGAAGGAUGUGAUCCUUUGUCAGCAAAACUUAUAACUAAACCCGACCAGACGAUGCCGAAAUUAGCGUUGGAAAUAUUUCAAAAUACUCCUGGAAUGGCUGGUCUAUUUGUUUCAGCUGCAUACAGCGGCUCCUUGAGUACAAUUUCUUCAGGCGUAAACGCUUUAGCUGCAUUAGCGUUGAUGGAUUUCAUUCUUCCCUGCUUUCCUAAGAUGUCGUCAAACAGGAAAGUUAUUUUAAGCAAAGCUUUGACUAUUUUCUUUGGUUUUCUGGUGAUGACUAUUGCAUAUCUCGUCUCUCUGCUCUCAGCAAAUAUAAUCCAGAUUACGUCUUCUAUAACUGGUUCAUUAGGAGGUCCUUUGUUUGGUGUAUUCACAAUGGGACUUUUCAUGCCUUGGAUAAAUCAUUGGGGAGCCUUGGUUGGCUUGGUGGGUGGUUGGUUAUUCACGGGUUGGGUUGCGAUAUCAGCACUAUUUUUGGCGAGCUUCCCAGACACGAAAAGGAAACUUCCCUUGUCUACUGAUAAAUGCCCUGCGUUUAAUUCGACUGUGAAUUCUGAUACAACUGCGUUGAUGAUGGAGGCUUCAGGAGAAGAAUAUACAACGUUUGCCUCAAUGGUUUCAUCUCCUGCACCAGAAAACGGGCCCAUUUUACACUAUACUCUGUAUUCAAUUUCACCAUUUUAUUACGGCAUACUUGGAUGUACCGUCUGCAUCAUACUUGGUCAUAUAUGUUCACUUAUCACAGGCUUCAACAACCCGUCAAAAGCAGAUCCGAGGCUUUUUGUUCCGAUUUUACCCUUCAAAUUAUUCCGUUUCGGUGUUCCUGAACUUCCACCCGAAGACGACACUUCGUCUCUGACACCAAAAGAAGAAAAAUAUAAAAAGGCUUUGCUUUAUGAUAGAGAAGACAAUAAUUGCUCCCCAACUGCCCCUAUAUGGAAAGAAAUAGGACAGAAUGGGAAAACAUAACGUCAAAAGAUAUUGAUUCCAUUUAAACCUGGGAACGACGUACCCAAGCGAAGACUAUGUUUACACUAUAACUCAAAGAUUUCUUUUGAAGAAUUCAACGAAUGUGUAAAUGUGUUUUGUAUUAUAGUCUAUUUCCGUUCACAUUGUACGAAAUAUUUCAAAACUUUUUUAUUGUCAUCAUGAGAUAUGGAUACUAUUGAACUUUAAAUUGAUACUAGAAUAAGAAUAUUUUAACUUUUAUCUAACAAAGAUUAAUUAGGCAUUAUAGGUAAAACAACAUUCUGCAAAUUGUACAAACUUUCGAUUUUGUUCAAGUUCUAUUUAAUCUGUAUGUAUAUUUUAGGAACAAUAUUUAUUGCAUAUUCGAUAUAGUUUUUGUAAUUAGGCUUCCGUACAUGCAGAGAAUUGCAACACUUUUAGUCGUUGUAUUCCCAAGCCACGGCAUACAAUUUUAAUACGAUAUAAUAAA